GCAUUUGCAUUUAUUUAAAAAGUUUUGGGGUGUAUUUUUUACACUAGAGGAUUGAAACAGCCAGUAGCUCACGACCAAACAGUAGUGAAACCAGUCAAAGUUAUUUCGUACGGCGCAGAUAUGGCGAAAGGAAACGGCCGAGGUGUUUUUUCAACAGGAGGGAGCAAGUGCUGUGGUUGUUGUUCAGGAUGUAUGCGGCGAGUUAGCAAAGACUUGUUGCUUGUUCUUAUAAUCAUUGGUGUCGUGAUCGGUUUUGUCAUCGGAGCUCUCGUCAACGAACCAGUCAAUAACAUCGAAGAUGUCGAAGACAAGAAAACGGUUUUGAUGUUGAUCGGAUUCGCUGGCGAGCUUUUCAUGAGUAUGCUGAAGAUGCUGAUUCUUCCUUUAAUUGUGGCUAGCUUGAUUUGUGCGUUGGCAUCUCUUGACGCGAAAGCUACCGGCCGUGUUGGAAGACGAGCUCUUGUUUAUUAUUUAUCGACGACCAUCUUGGCAGUCAUUCUUGGAAUAGUGUUGGUAGUGGCCAUCAGGCCUGGGGAAACUGACGAGGAAAAAACUGGGAAGAAAGAAGUACAACCUGUGAGAACCUUGGAUGCAUUUUUGGAUCUGAUCAGGAGCUGUUUCCCAAGUAACAUAGUUGCAGCAACCUUUCAGCAGAAAAAAACCAAAUAUGCAACGAGUGAGCCAGUGUAUAAAAUGGAAAAUACGACAUUUCCAAAUGGAUCAAGGGCAAUGCAGAAGGUCAUGACCAAGAGUGGUUCCAACACUGUUCCUAAUGGGCUGAUGGUGGAUCCAAAGGGAUCAAUCAAUGUCUUAGGACUUGUGGUGUUUUCCAUUGUGUUUGGAAUUGUUUUGGGAAGAAUCGGUGAGCGCGGCAUGCCCCUGAAGGCUUUCUUUGAGGCACUGAAUGAGGUGAUCAUGAAGAUGGUGACAUUGGUCAUGUGGUUUUCUCCAAUUGGUAUCUGCAGCCUAAUAGCAGCAAAAGUGGCAGCAAUGGCUGACAUCCUUGAGUCAUUAAAUAUGGUUGGCAUGUACAUGGCAACAGUGAUAGCAGGCUUACUGAUCCAUGCAAUAAUCAUUAUUCCAGUGCUGUAUCUGAUAGUAGUGCAUAAGAAUCCUCUGAGAUAUUUUCUUGGUUUGAGAGAUGCCAUAAUCACAGCAUUUGGAACCUCCUCAAGCUCUGCAACUCUGCCAACCACCAUACGUUGUCUUGAGGAGCAUAACAAAGUUGAUGCCCGCAUCAGUCGUUUUGUGCUACCUCUUGGUGCAACAGUAAAUAUGGAUGGUACAGCUUUGUAUGAAGCUGUUGCUGCUGUGUUUAUUGCCCAGGCCAAUGGCAUCACUCUGAAUGUUGGACAGCUGAUAACAACAUGUUUCACAGCCACUGCAGCUUCUAUUGGUGCCGCAGGAAUACCACAAGCAGGACUGGUUACCAUGGUGCUGGUCCUCCAAGCUGUCAAUCUACCCACUGAUGACAUUGGUCUCAUCUUAGCAGUGGACUGGUUUUUGGAUCGUACCCGCACUGCUGUGAACGUCAUUGGUGAUGCCUAUGGGGCUGGUAUUGUUGAGCACCUGUCCCGCAAUGACCUGAUGUCAAUGGAUUACACUGCACGAGAAGAGGACAUUCCCAUGGAACAGUUUGACAGAUACACACCAAAACCUGAAGGUACCAAUGGUGUACAUACAAGUGAUGCAUCCCUGCGUGCAACAAACUUCUAAGAGUGCUCUGGCCAAGCUGUAACUGGAUAAUAAGCUCCACUGUAAAAGUUUUAAAUAUAACGGUUAAUUAUUAUAGUUUGUAACUUAAGAAUGGAUGUAAUGGAAGAUUUGUUUUGUUCUAACAUGGUUAGCUUUCCUUUUUUCAUCAGAAGUAGCAGGUUUUUUAUUUUAAGGGCAUCAUUAAACCCUUUUAACUUGCAAGAUCUGGUUGUCAAUUCUCCUUGCUACCUACUACGCACUUCCUUGUAAAUUAGUGACAAGAAUUUGGUGUUAGAUCAAGAUAAUGUCUUCUACCUGAUAAGUUUGAGUUUUUUUCAUUUAUUUACUUGUUUGCUGGAUAAUGUAAGGAUAUUAUUGGAAAAAAUUGCUUGUUAAUCACUUCUGGGAAUUGAAGGGUUAUUAGUAAUUAAAAUUAUAAUAAUCAGUGCACUGAGAAAAGUAAACAACUUUUUGUAAUGACUUUGUUAACUCUUCACUUGAUGGGGCUUUCCAGGGCCAUUGUAGAUAAAGAAUAAAACAAAUUUUCUAAAUAGACGUGAAUUGUUUAAAAUUCACAAAUUGCUAAAGGAAGACUGAUCGGCUAUUUACAGACUGCAGGAAAGUAGUUAAACUUGGGGAUACAUAGAAAAAAAUACACAGUAAAUGAGGGUAACCCGUGGGAAACGCAUGAUAGUGUGGUCUUAUUGUCUGGGUGAGUGUUGUCCUGAUAAGGACUGUUGACAGUAGUAAUGGCCAAUGUCUUAACAACCUGAGCGGAAGUCAUCAUCAGAAUUAAGUGAAUGGUUGUUGUUGGUCAAAAAGUCUGGUUCAUUUUAACUGAUCGGUUAGUUUUCCCAUGAUGUUGUUGGCUGCAAGACUCAGGUGGAGAGUGAAAAAUUUAGUGUGUAUUAAGACGGCAUGCAAAGACCGAGUGUGAAGUUCAUUCAGCAAUUGAUGUUAUGCCUACUUAUAAGAAUACAGAAGUAAGUAAUUCAGGCAGUAGUUUAGGCAAGCAGUACAAUAAACCUAGAAUUUCUAGCAGGGUAGUUUCUGUAAUAUAAUUUUGCAAAGAGCAAAAUGUCUUGUAGGCAAGUAGUAUAGUACACCUAUACAAACUAUAUCCAAAAGGUUUCUUAAAUAAAAAUAAGGUGUGGUUGGUGUAA